AUGCCCGUAAUCUUAGUUGGCGGCGUGAGUGUGACUAGUGGUCACAAAAAUCCUCGGUCUGGGGCAAAGACUGGUCCCACAUCUUUGACCCCAUCUGGUCAAAAACGAAAAUUGUUCACCUUCAAGAAAGGUGAAGGCUUGCCUCCGACCCCGACACCAACUCCAUCGGGCUCCGGGAACAGCCUCAACUCUACCCCAACACGAAAGGGCAAAGAAAAAGAGGUUGAGAUAGAAGAUGAGAUCAGUUGGGCCAAAGAGCCUGAAGUCGAAGACGACAAAGACGACGAUGAUGCAGAAGCAGAAUCUUCGCAGAAACGCAAGAGUCCAGGCCGUCCACGGAGGCAAAUUUUGAGCGAUGCUUCCAAGAGGUUAAAGCGCUUUUGA